GCUCCUCUUAUCAAGUUAAAAUAAAUAUAAAGUAGAUUGAUUUAAUCUUUGUUUUAAACUUUAAGCUUUUGAGAGAGGGAUCAAUAGUGAUGGCUCACCGUCUGUUUGAAGGCAAGCAGCACGCUUCUUCUUACUGGAAGUACAGGAUCUCUCCAGAUCAUCUAAUACAACAAGUGCUCGACUUUCUGGAAAAGCAGAAAGGUCAUCCCUUUGAGCUGGCAGUGGAUGUGGGUUGCGGCUCAGGACAGGGCACGGUGCUGCUGGCCAAACACUUUGCCUCUGUGGUGGGGACAGACGUUAGUCCUGCCCAGCUGGAAGUGGCUUUGCAGUAUGCCAAACAGCCAAACAUCACAUAUAGACAGUGUGUGGCUGAAGAGCUGCCCUUUGCCGACAGCUCAGUGGACUUGAUAACAGCCAUGUCUGCCUUCCACUGGUUCGACCGACCGCGCUUCCUGCAGGAGGCCCACAGAGUCCUGAAGCCCCGCGGCUGCAUGGCUCUGCUCAACUACACCAUCGACAUGGAGCUCAGCUACGACGACUGCUGCUCACAGACACUCAACCAAGUCUGCAAAGAGUUUUAUGCAGCCCUGCAGCCUUACCGCAGUCCCCACCUGGGUCACAGCACUAUAGACUUAUACAGGGAAGCCUAUGGAUCCAUCCCUUACCCUGACAAGGAGUGGCAUGAGUGUGUGUGGGUGAAGCGGUCCAUGCCUCUGUCCAGCUACAUGGGGUUGGUGGAGUCUUUCUCGAGCUACCAGACUCUGCUGAGAGAUGACCCGCAGAAAGCCAUCACACUCUCCCAGGACAUCUGUCAAAGGUUAAUGUCCUUAAUGCGUGUGACCUCUGCAGAGACAGAGGUUGUGGUGGCUGUGAGGUAUUUUUGCCUUCUGGCCUGCAAACCUCAGGAAGCCUAACAGCUGCCAGCACUCACUGCUUCAACAAAGUCAUGAAGAAAGUUAUGCUUGAAAGAUUGCAAACUUUUUUGUGUGAAAGUUUUUUCUUUGACAUCUAAAUCCAGAACAAGUUUGUGUGUUAGAUGUUUGUUACAGGAGUGUAUGUUCCCAGGGCCCUCCAGCUCAGUAUUCUGUUUACAGACAAUAGUGAGUUUUGGUCAAAUUUGACCUAUGAGUUGAAAUAUUUCAUAAGUAUUGAACCCGAACCGUAAGCCAUGUCAUAAAGUGAAUACAGAGCUGGGUCCCCAUUAUGUCCCAGGUUAUGU